AUUCCUUCAUGCGACGACAGACGAUCAAUCAUGACGUCCACGCAACCCGUCGAGCAUCUUCCACUGCCGCUCGUCGUCAUGGACAAGGACACUGGGCAACAGUCUUCGCCACACACGCCGUCCGCCAGUGUCGACAGAGCGCUGCUAGACAUGGUGCAGACAAUACAGCACGAGCUUCGGACGCCGAUGCAUGGCAUGCUUGCCCUCAUCGAUUCUCUCCGCGCAGAUCUCCGUGUCCGCGACGAGGGCGAAGGCGAAGGCGAGGGCAAGGGCGGACUUGAAAGCGGACAAUUCAACACAGGCCGCCAGGUCUUGCUGCGACAAAAGGUCAACGACAUGCGGAGUCUGGGCGUCCAGCUGCAGGAGAUCCUCGACGACUUCAGAGACUAUGCCACCGAAACCAUCGAGGCCCGAGAUGCAGAGAAAGCCUUUUGUAUUGUUCCAGACGAGCCGACAGACCUCGGUGAGCUGCUCGACCAGGUUGCCGAGAGUGUAUGGGAGGAGCAAAUUGCAUCGAUCCGUGCUGCCGAGGGCAAAGAUGCCAGGAUACCGCCGCCGCCGGAGUUGCUAUUGGUCGUUGACCCAUCGCUUAGGGGAAAGAAGUCGCUCGUCUCGCUGGAAGCCUUCAGAAAGGUAGCACACAAGCUCAUCAAUAAUGCGCUGCGAUUCACAACCGGCGAUGGCUACGUCGAGGCCUCGCUAGCACCACAUCGAGAGGAGGAUAUCGUCGAUGGCAAGAGUUCCUUUCGUCACUUCCUCAGACUUGAGGUUCGGGACACGGGCGAAGGGAUGUCUAAAGAAUUCGUCUCAGAAUCCCUGUUCAAGCCAUUCGCCAAAGCCAACAACUUCAAGUCGGGCGCGGGGCUCUCCCUGGCCAUCUGCUCCUCCUUGGUUCGCCGUUUGGGAGGUUCGAUGAUGGCGUCGAGCGACAGAGGACGAGGGUCAAUCAUCCAUGUCCUAUUCCCGGUUCUGCAUAGCCAAGAGGAAGCAAAAGUGAUGCAUGAAGAGGCGUCAUUCCCGGACGAAUUCGUUUAUUUCUGGAAGUUUGACGGCAUCGGGCUGCAACGGCUGGCAGGGCAGAUUGCCUCCCAGCUGGCAACUUAUGGCAACAUCUAUGCAAGUACGAAUGUCGACGAGUGCGGCAUCUUGCUCCUGCCAGAGGAAGUCACCUAUGGCAGGGAUGGCAUUGCUGCGCUUCAGCAGAUCCUAGACCGUGCCAAAGAUGGCGUCAAGAUUGGCGUUCUUCAAGCUCACAAUGACGCCAAGAUCGAAGUGGCAGCGCACAAGAAUGGCUCUCCACAGCCCGUCUUCGUCACAAGGAAGCCCUUUGGGGUUCGGUCCUUCAAUGGCCUGCUCAAGCUCGCAGGCGAUCAGACUGGCCCGCCGAUGGAAGAGAUCAUGACUAUAGAGCAGGCAAUCGACCUUCCUCAAACGGCUGAUUCUUCGCAACCUACUCCGUCUCCAAGUGUCUCGAAUGCAUCGCCAAGACAGUCUUCUGACCACACCUCUUCGACCUCCCCGCCUGUGCCGACAAUCAGUACAAACCGGCUACCAGACCAAGAUCUCGAGGAUGCAGAUGAAGUAACACCGAUGGAGCGCCCAAGUGGAGCAGUUUCGGCAACGGCACACUUGAGAAAACCAAGGAAACCGCUGUCGCUCGACCUCAUGUUCUCGCCUCACACCGUCGAUGACGUGCUUCGGAGCACAGUGCCGCAAGCCCAGAUGCUCUCGCCGCCCAUUGAAGAGAACAUGACUUCCUCCUCGAAGCAGAUCAAGCGCAGUCUGCCUUUUCAGGUUCAAGUCGUCGAAGACAACUCACUGAACAAGAGAAUCUUGACACGAGUCAUGGACCAGUGCAACAUCGCCUACCUUCUCGCUUCUGAUGGAGCCGAGGCUGUCGAGCAAUUUAGGGAACAUCGACCGGCGCUGGUUCUCCUAGACAUUAACAUGCCCGUCAUGGACGGCUACGAAGCGGCACUUGCGAUGCGUGCGAUAGAGGCGGGUGACAACGACGGCACAACGUGGUCACUAAUUGUUGCAGUAACGGCUCUGAGUGACGAGUACUCGAGGAGGAAAGGGCUCGACGAGUGUCGAAUAGACCAGUGGCUGACAAAGCCGCUGGAUGUUGGCAAAUUGAGGGCCUCGCUCAAGAAAUGGAAGGAUGUCUAUGACGCGGGGGAUCCUCUGUCAUGAAGCAUUUGUUCCAUUGAGAGGCAAGCAGACAACCACGCAUUGUACUCUAGACGCAUUUAUAGAUUUCUCUCAACUCUUCCUCUCGCCAAUACCCCAU